AUGUUGAGCGGAAUCCUGGGAUCGCACACCCGUCGCUAUGUGAUCGUGGUAGUCUUCUUCCUUGUCUGCGUGGUGCUGUGGCACGGCUUCAGCCUGGCACCGUCAGACUCGUACUCGGAGACGUCGUCGACGUCAUCGACCGAGCCCAAGGUCAUUGACAGCUUCAAGUACCUCCCGUCGACCUUCGACUGGUCCAAGGUGACGCCCAAGUACCCGCCCGGAGACAUCAAGUGGCCGCCGUCCAGCUGGCCCAAGACGUUCCCGCGCGUCCAGGCCCGGACGACGUCGGCCAUGAUCAAGGACGACAUCGCCGCCAAGCGCAAGCAGAUCAUCAGGACCAAGUUCGUCAAGAGCUGGGAGGCCUACAAGGCCCACGCUUGGACAAAGGACGAGCUCAUGCCGCUGUCGGGCAAGGGCAAGCAGAGCCUGUCGGGCUGGUCGGCCCAGCUGGUCGACGCCAUGGACACGCUGUGGAUCAUGGACCUCAAGGACGAGUUCCGCCGCGCCGUCAAGGAGGUGGCCGUCAUCGACUGGGCCACCACGUCCGACGAGAGGAUCAACCUGUUCGAGGUCAUCAUCCGCUACCUCGGCGGCCUCCUGGCCGCCUACGACCUGUCCGAGGAGCCCGCCCUGCUGGCCAAGGCCGUCGAGCUGGGCGACGCCAUGUACGCCGCCUUCGACACGCCCAACCGCUUCCCGCCCCGCUGGCUGUCGUACGAGACGGUCCGCCGCGGCGACCAGCUCGCGGACGAGUCCAUGUCGGGCGCCGCCGGCGGCACCAUGUGCCUCGAGUUCACGCGCCUCAGCCAGAUCACCGGCGACCCCAAGUACUACGACGCCACCGAGCGCCUCAAGCAGUUCUUCCGCCGCUCGCAGAACGAGACCGCCGUGCCCGGCCUGUGGCCCCACGACCUCAACUACCGCGACGAGGUCGUGGACGGCCACAGGUUCAACCUGGGCGCCGGCAUGGACUCGCUCUACGAGUACCUCCCCAAGAUGCACGCCCUCCUCGGCGGCCAGGACCCCGAAUACGUCGCCAUGACCGUCAGCGCCCUCGACGCCAUCCGCGACAACCUCCUCUUCCGCCCCAUGACCCCCGCCGACGCCGACAUCCUGCUGGCCGGCAGCCUCGUCGUCGAGGACGACGGCCAGGGCCCCGGCCGCACCUUCACCGCCGACAUGGAACACCUGACCUGCUUCGCCGGCGGCAUGUACGGCCUGGCCGGCAAGCUGCUCGGCCGCUCCGACUACGUCGACGUCGGCGCCCGCCUGACCUCGGGCUGCGUCUGGGCCUACGACGCCUUCUCCACCAACCUGAUGCCCGAGAAGUCGCGGCUCGUCGCCUGCGCCGCCAUCGACGGCCCCUGUCCGUUCGACAGCGACGCCCUGCCCAAGGGCCGCGCCAGGACCCUGCCCGAGGGCUUCGUCGGCAUGCCCAACCCAAAGUACCUGCUGAGGCCCGAGGCCAUCGAGAGCGUCUUCUACAUGUGGCGCAUCACCGGCGACCACACCUGGCGCGAGGCCGCUUGGAGGAUGUGGGAGGGCCUCGUGCGCGAGACGGAGACGGAGAUGGCGUUUGCGUCCAUUGCCGACGUCACCAAACAUUCGAGUGCAAAGAUUGACUCUAUGGAGACUUUUUGGAUGGGUGAGACUCUCAAAUACUUUUACCUCAUCUUCGAUGACGAGAGCAACACGAGCCUUGACGAGUGGGUUUUCAACACUGAGGCCCACCCGUUCAAACGCCCACAGUGA